AUGUCUGCAAGUGCUAUUUACGAGAAACUGAAGAACGCCGAUGGAUCGGUCCCCGUCUCACAAUUAAUCGACGGAUUCAGCUCUGCUUUUGUGAAUAAAGUAACAAGCAAAGUGAACCACAAAGACGUAGUAAACAAUUUUAAAAUCCUUUCAUUGUACAUUACCUCUGACCCUAACAAGAAGAUCUUUUCUAAAGAAGAGGCUGAAACGUUUGUGAGUAUCUGCAACGAUUAUGCUCAAGAAGAUAGUCAAGAAAAAGACUACUUCACACGCUUUAUGUUCAAAUGCACCGACAAAGACCACAACGGCUAUAUCGACAGAGAAGAAUUUAAAAAAUUUUUUAAAGUGUUACAAUCAAAAAUUUUCGACCACGCAGGUGAUCUUAAAAAUAUUGUGCCCGAUGAAUUCUUUGAUGAGGUUGACGAGAACAAAGACGGGAAAAUCUCUUAUGAGGAAUUUAAUAAGGUGUUUGGAGAGGAUUAA